AUAACCCAUAUCUAAUGACAUCAAUCAAAAUUGAGGGUAACUUCAUAGUCCAAAUCAAUGUGGAUAAAAAUGAUCUUCAACAUUACACCGGUAUUCCAAAAACACCUCAAUGAAUAUGUAAGUAAUUUUUUUGAAAACGGACUUCUCGAUAAAAUUAUUGGAUGUAAAAGAAAUUAUAGCUUGAGCAGUGGCAAUGUUAAAGUUACUGUGGUUGGGGCUGCAGGUAAAAUGGGAAAACCCCUAUGUCUGAUGCUGAAGCAAUCUUUAAUGAUAGACGAACUUUCCAUGCACGAUGUGAAGACAACAGGCGAUGCUUUAGAACUGAAUAAUAUAGACACAAGCUGCAAGGUAACUGCGUACAGCGGAAAGUCUAAUCUACCCCCUGCAUUAAAGGGUUCAAAUGUUGUGGUAGUGAUUGCUGCCGGUCCAGAUUCUGAUUCGCUAACACCAGAUAAACAAUGGGAACAGAAUUCAAAAAUUGUUUCAGAAAUAAUGAGCGUUCAUGCAAAAUAUUCACCAAAGGGUAAACGUACGGGGAAAUCUAUGAUGUGUGAAGUAUUUCUAAAAGAUACGCAAACUUACCGGAGUUCUGAGCGUAUAAAUAUACUUACAGUUACUAACUGGAAAUGCCGAGCUGAUCCUAUUCACAAGGAGACGGAAGAUUGACUGGUUUUUCUAGCCAACCUUCUUUGGGACUAGACUAGCUUCAUCCCAAUCACUAAAACAUCUAGGAAUCAUCUUGGAGUGUAGACUGAAUUGGCAUUUCUAGCUGUAGGCACAGAACCGAUAAAUAGUGUAUUGCCGCUGUGCUGUGAAACACUGAAAAAGUUUGGCAGUUACAAUCCUUCAACCGUCUUCGGCAUCACUGCUGAUGACAGUGUAAGAGCCAACACAAUCAUUGCAAAGACUAUGAAAGUUGGACCAGAAUGUGUUAGUGUGCCGGUUAUUGGGGGACAUAGCGAAGAGACUAGAGUGCCUGUACUAUCGCAAGUCAAGCCCAAGAUAGAGUUUUCACACGAAGAAAUCGAGAAAAUUACAGCUAGUAUCAAAAAACCUCAACAGAAAAAGGAAACCUCAGGAUUUCUAGCUGCUUUCGCAACUGCCAGGUUUAUACUAUCUUUGGUGAAAGGUAUCAGAGGGCACAAAAAUGUGAUUGAAUGUGCUUACGUUCCUUCUAAGGUUCAUCCUGAAUUGAAGUACCUCUCGACCCCAGUUCAACUAGGAAUCCACGGUGUGUCGAAAAAUCUCGGUUUACAGGAAUUGACAGAUUACGAACAGUGCAUGUUUGAUAAUGUCGUCACUUGCCUCGCGGCUGAUAUAACAAAAGGUGAAAAGUAUAUUGGUACACACGCUGAAUGCUCUCGACAUGCUAAGCAACAGUAAGUGUGAAGACGAUUGUGCCCCUGAUUGUAAUAUUGUCAUGAUGCAAAAUAUUUUGUGAUUACUUUUGUUUUAUUAAAUUUUUAUAUUCUUGAGAGAAAA